GCGCAAUCCAGCCUAACCACAAAAAUUGGUCUGUCAAUACGCAGACUCAUUCAGUGUUAUUAUGUGUUUUAUUAAAUAAUUUAAAGAAAUCAAAACGUAAUUGAGUGAAUUGUUUGAUAAGCAUAGAAGUUUUGUUGCAAAAUGUACAACUUUAAUACAUUUUCUGCGUUAACUAGAACCGACAAACAUUAUAACCUCAUCGUUCGUUCGAUGAAUUUAUUGAGCAAAAAGGCCUACGUGAACGGAGAAUGGGUGCCAGCCACUUCAAAUGAAGUUUUCGAAGUGAAAAACCCUGCGGAUUGUUCCACGAUAGAAAAAAUUCCGGACAUGGAUGUGGGUGACGUACAAAAUGCCAUCCAGUGUGCAUCUAAAGCUUUCCAAACGUGGAAAUCUACUACAGCUAAAGAAAGGUCAAUUUUAUUAAGGAAAUGGUUCGAUUUAAUGACUGAAAAUCAAAAAAGUAUCGCGAAAAUCCUAACAGCUGAGUCUGGAAAACCGCUGUCUGAAGCUAUGGGGGAGGUGCAUUAUGGUAACUCAUUUGUGGAGUGGUUUUCGGAACAAGCAAGAAAUGUAAGAGGUGAGAUAAUACCAAGCCCUACUCCGUCAAAAAAGAUAAUGAUAGAACACUAUCCAAUUGGAGUAGUUGGUUUAAUAACCCCAUGGAACUUCCCGCACGCCAUGAUUACAAGAAAGGCUUCAGCUGCGCUUGCUGUUGGUUGUACCUGCGUCAUAAAACCUGCAGAAGAUACACCAUUAACUGCAUUGGCUAUUGUGAAACUGGCUGAAGAAGCCGGGAUUCCCAAGGGAGUUUUAAAUGUGGUGACAAGUGACAGAAAAAAUGCACCCGCUAUAGGUAAACUGCUUUGUGAAAGUCCAUUGGUAGCUGGUAUAUCUUUUACGGGAUCUACGCAAGUUGGCAAAAUAUUGUACCAACAAUGUGCCAAAGGGAUUAAACGGAUCGGGCUGGAAUUGGGGGGUAAUGCGCCUUUUAUAGUAUAUAACAGCGCCAAUAUUGAUAAUGCUGUUGAGGGUGCUAUGGCUUCAAAAUUCAGAAAUUGUGGGCAAACGUGCGUAUCAUCAAACAGAUUCUUAAUACAAGAAGACGUUUACGAAAAAUUUGUAAACAAACUAGUGGAAGAAAUCAAAAAAUUAACCAUAGGUAAUGGAGCAAAUACGGGAGUUAAUCUAGGACCACUCAUAAACACUUUACAAAUGAAUAAGGUAUCUUCGUUUGUUGAAGACGCCAUAAGAAAAGGAGCUAAGGUUUUAACGGGUGGCAAGCCUGCCAAGGACAUCGGCGAGCUUUUCUACGAACCAACUGUAAUCACAAACAUUAAAGACAAUAUGGAUGUAUACAAUGACGAAGUAUUUGGACCUAUAGUCACCAUAAUUAAAUUUAAAACCGAGGAAGAAAGUCUUAAAAUAGCGAAUGGAGUAAACAGAGGUUUGGCUGGUUACUUUUAUUCGCAGGAUGUUUCGCAAAUAUUCAGGGUUAAUAAACUGUUAGAGGUUGGAAUGAUUGGUAUAAAUAAUGGUAUUAUUUCCACUGCUGAGGCUCCAUUUGGAGGUAUUAAGGAGUCUGGUAUAGGAAGAGAGGGAUCUCAUCUGGGCAUUGAAGAUUAUUCUUAUGUUAAAUAUACAUGUUUAGGAGGACUCAAUUAAUUUUAAUUUUAUUAAUAGAGUAACUUUUACUCUAGAGACAAAUUUGACUAAUUACCUCUAAAGCAGUUACCACUUAUACCACAAUAUAUGUAUUUUCGUAGCAUAUUUUAAAGAAUAAAAUGAUGCCAAAAUAACAAUAAGUUUCAAUUAUUUAAAGUUUAACAUAUUGUUUGGUAAUUGCUUCAGAGGUAAUUAUGGAAUGAGUAAGUCAAAUGUAUGUCUAGAGUAAAAGUGGCAAAUUACCUCAAUUCAUUAUCUAAAUUUUCAUUUUAUAAAUGUUUUUAAGUUAUUCUAUUAGAGCUCUUUAGUAGAAUAAUUUUAUCAGUGUUAAAAAUGUAUUGUAAAAAAACAAUUAAGAUUAAGGUGAUAGCGCUAGUCAGUGAUAUGAUUUAAUUUUGAAUUGUUAUGUAAGUAACAAUAAUUGUAAAUAGUAGACACAUUCCUAUAAUAUUAAUUAUUGAGAUUAAAUGUAAAAUAUUUUAUUCAUAUUAGUGCAUGUGUUUUAACUUAUCUAUCAAGUGGUCAUAUUUAAGGACCUUACGUUUACUAUCCAAUGUCUUCCAAAAUUGUCUUCCAAUUAAAUGUAAAUCUAUUGUACCAAAAUAAAUAUUAAUAAAUAAACGUAUACGUUUAUAA